AUGAUAGAGAAAAAUAAAAGUUUUAUUAUUUUUAUAGCUUUAUCUCUUAUCCUAGCAUUUUCAAUUCAUUUAUCCUUGAGCUUUGAAACGAGUGAUGAUAUGAAGAAUAAUUCAAUAGUUCCAAAACAUAGAGCAAAACGUUAUUUAUUGUUUCAAAAUAAUUCAAGAAUUUUGUUUCGUGUCAACAUUAAGGAUAAUAUUAUCAAAGUUAAUCAAAUUUUUGGACAUGGAUAUGGAUUUCGUGCUAAUAUUGAUAUACUUGCACCGCCUCUUCCGCAUCGUCAUGCUCAUAGAGCCAAACGAAGCUAUAUUUAUCAAACUAUAGAGCUAAUGAUGACCCAGCAGGGAUUUGACGGCAAAGCGUGCAUUUAUAAAAUGUUUUGUGAUGCUGUAAAAGAAAAUGAUGAGGAAAACGGGAUGUUUUCAAAACUUUUCAAAUUAAUUUUUACACAUAAAGGCAUGACUGAAUAUGGAGGGGUAAAUAUACCAAUCUUGUUAUCUAAGGGUUGCCGAUAUCUUGAAGAUUACUGCCCUUUGACAUCACUUACUUUAUCACCAUACACUGAUAUUUAA